AUGAUCACUCUAUUACCCAUAUUGGUCGGCUCACUUCUUGUUGCUGCCCAUGGAGAUCAUUCUUUCGAUUUGAACGAUGCCAACGAUGAUGGACUGUCCUACGCCGAGAGGCAUAUGCAUACUGAACACCAUAUAGAUUCGUUUGAUCUUGAAUCAUUCUUCAAGUUACAUGAUUUGGAUAUGAAUGGAUAUUGGGAUGAAGCGGAGAUUCAAGCUGUUUAUGGUCUACAUCAUCAUACAGUUAAAGAUAAACUCAAGCAACCUGAACUGGUAGAUGCUAGAACCAGAGUGGUGGUGGAUAAAGUACUGCAAAGGCUGGAUACAAAUAAGGAUGGGAAAAUAUCGUUGACCGAGUUCUUAGCAGGAGGUACAGAAGGUCUACCGAGUUUUGAAGGAUAUAAAGAUCUUGGUCAUCAUUAUGACGAGGAGUCAGAGUACUUCUUACAUCACGAAGAACUUUACCACUCAACUCCCGAUACUCAAACGGACGAAUCAUAUACGCAUCCCGAAGAUAUUGCUCACUUCCGACAUCACGCCGAUAUUGAAGAUGAAGAAGAUUCUCGUGAACGGAAAUUCGAAGGAUUAGCAGAAGAUGCAGAUAUAACAAAGGAUCACGUUGCACACGAUCCCUUGGAUAUUCAUGCUCACGCUGAAGGAGAAGGUCCAAGUGAUACACCUCCUGAACCUGAAUCGACUCUGCAACCAGGAGAUGAAGUGGAAGCGCCACCUAGACCCAAGAGGGUAGAUCCAAAUGCUCAACCUCAGAGAAUAAUGGAUGCGGCGGGAUCAAAAUUGAAAGAAGGAUGGGAAUCUGCGAAAGAAGCUGUAGUAGAAAAAGGUUCAAAAUAUGAAGGUCAUGGUAGACCAAGAAAUGUGGAAGAAAGAUUAAAAGCAGGUGUACCAUAUAGUAAGUUGAGAUCACCUAGAUUUAGAUUAGAUACUAUGGAAACUGAUUUCGGAUUUGUGAAUUCAGAAUAUAAGAUGAGGAAAGGUUUACGCUCAGAUGAAUUUUAG